GAGCCAGGUGCGCAAUAUCCAGCCGACGCUGGCCCCAGCCCAGAAGGCUCACAUCCGCGAGGCUCUCACGGAGAAGCAGCGCACCCAGUUGCGCAAGCCCUCGACGAUGGACCCGGACGAAGUCAUCAAGAACCGGGAGAUAGCGAGGAAGAUGGCGAUCAGGGUCAACUUCAAGAAGAACCCGCGAUCAUUGGCAGACCGCAAGGCGGCGGAGCGCGGCGAGCCCUGCCCGUUCGCCGUCAUGCCAGAGGCCGUCGUGUUUCAGGACUACGAGGCCGGGGGGGUCUACCAUAUCGACGUGGAGUUCAGGAACGUCACCAAAGUCGGCCGCUCGCUGCGGGUGAUACCGCCGAAGGGCGGCUCCUUCUGCGCCGAGCCCUUGCGCUACGAG